UGGCGUUUGAAUCAGCCAAUAGCAACAUAGCAUGACGUCAGCUACCAACCAGUGGCGCGCGAGAGGGCGGGACUCCGGGCACAGCUACGUAAGCGUUGUCAGAGUUGAAGAAGAAGCCGAUUCUGGAAGCCAUUACGUUGCGCACCUCAGUUAAGUAAAAUCGUACUACUUUGACGUACUAUACGCACAAUUCGCUGUCGCGAGGACGCGGCGCUCGAGCAGCGAUGGCAUCCGCCUCCAAAAAGAGGAAAAUGAAUUUCUCUGAGCGGGAAGUGGAGAUAAUCGUGGAGGAGAUAGAGAAACAAAAACACACACUGGUGAACCACUUCAACGCCGGAGUCACACACAUGGCCAAGAAUCACGCGUGGAUGGAGAUCCUGAAGAAGGUGAACGCCGUCACCACCUGUCCCCGAGAGUUACUGGAGGUGAAGAAGAAGUGGUCCGAUAUGAAGACCGAGGUGCGCCGGAAAGUGGCCCAGGCGCGAGCUGCCAUCGAGGGCACGUCCGCGGACUGUACCCCGGUGCCGGUCAUCCUCACCGCGAUGCAGCAGCGGAUCUGCAACCUGCUGGGCGAAGCCACUAUCAUCAGUUUACCGCCAGGGGACGCUGAUGCCGCGGAGAUCACUUUACCUGUGACGGUGAACACCGCCGCGCUCACGGAGGCUCUUCCAUCUGACUCGGGUUCAGUCUGUGUUGAAGCAAAGUCACUUAACACUGAAGUGACCUACACUGUUGAAGAAGAAGGAGUAGUGGGUUACUGCACCAGCAGCGUCAGCAACUCUGCCCCCACAGUGGUGACGACCGUCGAGACACCAGUGGAGGUGCUGGUCUCCGCCUCCGAAUCUCUACCGCCUCCCCGGAUUCAGGCCAAGUCUCAGGAGCUGAAGAGCCGCAUCGCCCUGAACUCGGCGCGCCUGCUGCAGGAGCAGAGAGUCACCAACGUCCACAUCCGGCAGAUCGCGCAGCACCUGGAGGGACAGAACGAGCUGCUGCAGAUGAUGCGGCGCUCCCAGGAGGCGCAGGCGUUCGCUCAGGAGAGACAGGCCCUGGCGCUGGAAGGGACGCAGGCCGCCCUGCUGGCCCUGGUGCAGAUCCUGCGGCCCGCUCUCAAAGACCUGCGGAAAUUCCUACAGAGCGGGACUGAGGUCGCCAUCGCCAGCAGCUCAGUGGCAGCAGGUGUCACUGACGGGUCAGGGACAGAGGAACAGAGCCGGCCCAAAACACCACCAGCAGCACCUGCACCUCCUCCAGAACCAGCUGAGGGGACGCAAUAGACUGUGUGUGUGUGUGUGUGUGUGUGUGAGAGAGAGAGAGAGAGAGAGUGUGUGUGUGUGUGUGUGUGUGUGUGUGAGGAGCUUCAGAGGACAAUGAGGAUUUGUGUGACUGAUGGUUUACUGUACUGACAUUUUAUGAAUUGUUUAUAAAAGUUACGUUGACAUUG